AUGGACUCAAACGUGAAGACAAUGAUCAAACUUAUUGAGGAGGAUGCUGAUUCUUUUGCGAGGAGAGCAGAGAUGUACUACAAGAAGCGUCCAGAACUCAUGAAGCUAGUGAAAGAGAUCUAUCGAGCAUAUCAUGCAUUAGCUGAAAGAUAUCACAAUGCUACUAGUGUUCUUAAACAAGCCCACAAGACAAUGUCAGAAGCAUUUCCUAACCAAUUGCCCAUACUGUUGGGUGAUGAAUUACUAGAAUCCGAUGCUCAAACUCCAGAAUGGGCACACCACAUGAAGGAAGAAUCUGAUUCUGUAAGUGUAACCAUUGGAUUUGAUUCUAUAGAGGCAAGAAAAGGCCUUAAUUUUGAUGAAAAGGAGACUGGCCAAGUCCAUUACCAAAAGAGUCAAGAACAAUCAUCGUCUAAGUUCGAAUUGGAGUCAAGAGAGCUUAAUGAGAGAGCAGAUAGGGCAGAAGGUCAAGUUCAGGCUUUGAAAGAAGUGAUUGAUAAACUAAAUGAAGAAAAGGAAGCUAGCCUUCUCCAUUAUGAGCAAUAUCUUGAGAAGCUUUCGGAGAAAAACACGUUCUUGGAGAACUCUCUUUCUGAUGCUCAUGAUAAGAUGGAAGGGCUGAAGAUGAAAUUAACAAAUAUGGAAGAUUUGUAUCACUUGCUUGAAACUGAGAAAUCUGAACUUAUCAACGAGAAAGGCAUUCUCAAAUCUGAAGUUGAAAUCACUCAGAAAAGGCUAGAUCAUCUUCUGAAAUUUCAUACAGAGCUAAAGGAGGAGAAAUCACAUGCUUUGGAGAUAGAGAAACUAAACACUCUCAUUAAACUUAAAGAAAUUCAGGCUUCUUUGGAUGCAGAAAAGCAAGAGGGUUCUAUUUUCACAAAGAGAAGUGAAAUACAGGUGGCCACAAUGCAAUCUCAGAUUUCUCUACUGGAAGAUGAAAGUCAACUAAGAAGAAGAGAAUUGGAUGAAGAACUAAAAAAGUCCAUGGAUUCUGAAAUUGAGAUCUUCAUAUUGCAGAAGUGUGCUCAGGAUCUCAAAGAAAAGAACCAGGUUCUAUUGAUCGAGUCCAAGGCAUCUGAAAAACUUAUAUCCGACUUAGAGCUUCAGAAUCAUGAGAAACAAGCAGAAGUCGAAUCCUUUUCCGAGCAUUUGAAAGUCUUCAGGAAGGGUCUAUAUCAGUUGUUGAAGGUAGUUGAAAUUGAUGUAGGCAAUGAGGAUGGAGAAAAGAUUGGACAAGACCAAACAUGUCUUUACCAAGUACUAAGCAAGCUUGAAGAUUUAAAAUCAGAUCUUCAUAUGACAUUUGAUGAUAAUGGGAGGUUAUCAGUGGAGCUAUCUGUUCUCGUCACUCUUCUCAGACAAUUGAGCUUAGAAUUGAAAAAUCUUGAGAAAUGGAAACAUGAUGUUGAUAUAGUACUGAAUGACCGGAAUGAGCAGCUGUCAGUCAUGCAGAUUGAGUCUUAUGAACUUCUUCAGAAAAUUAAAGAAUUGCAUUAUGAUGUAAAUGUAAGAGAGCAAAAGGAGAAAGAAUUAAUGACUCAGGUAGAGAAUCUGCAACUGGAGAACUCUAAGACUCUCGAAGAAAAAAAACUAUUGUGGGUUCAGUUCAUGGACUUGAAAGAGUGGAGCCAGAAUCUAGAAGAGCAGAAUUUAUCUAUCUUUACUGAAACUUUAUCUGCAAAUAAUCUUUCUCUGGUUCUUAAGAACUUCCUUAAUGAGAAAGUAAUGGAACUCCAAAAGGUUGGGGAUGAUUUAGACAAACUUUAUGCUAUUAAAAACUCCCUUCAUGAUAGACUAAGAGCGACAGAGGAAACAUUAGCAGUUUCAGAAGUUGACCGUUUGCAUCUCCAAGAGAUACUGAAGGAGACGUAUGAUGAGUUGAGAACAGCUAAAGCGGUUAAUGAACAAUUGAGUUGUGAAAUCAUGGAAGGGAAGGAAUUCUUGAGCCUGAAAGAAAAGGAGCUCUCUGAAGCAGAAUGUAAACUAGUAGCCAUUGAGUCGGAAAAAUCAGAGCUGCAGAUUACAGUUGACGCAACUUGUAAAAGCCUUGAAAAUGAUUUGGUUUGUAAAAACAGGGAAAAUGAAUAUCUCAAGGUAACUGUCAGCUGUUUGGAGGGUGAGAAUGAAAAACUCAAAGCUCGGUUUGCUGCUCAUAUUCCGGUUCUCAUUUCCUUGAAGGAUGCUAUGUCUUCCUUGGAAAAUUGUACCAAUUUCAACCCAAUGGAAAAGGAAAUGAGAAAGGCAACUGACCCCAUUGAAAACUUAAACGAAGUAAGCGAAAUGACGCUAGAUGCAGUUUCAGAGCUGCAGGAUCUUCAAAUAAGACUAAAAUCUGUAGAGCAUUUCAUCGUCCAAAUGGAAACUGUGGCAAAUGACAAACUAGCAACUGCAAUGAAGCAGAUUGAAGAAUUAUCUUCCAAGACCACUUUAGACAAGGUAAUAAAUCAGAAGACAGUUUCAGAAAUUUCUGAAUUGCAAAACAGGCUUCUGGCUAAAGAUAAUAAGCCAUAUGGUAUAAGCUAUAAAGAUAAUGACUUGCCUGAAUCAAGAAAUGGUGAUGAGAUAAAGGCAUUUAAAAAGGAAAACCAGGAUACCAGUUCAAAGUUUUUUUUGGAGAAUGAUUUGGAUGUGGAUAUACAAGACAUAUCCCGAAGAUUUUCUGGUUAUCGUGGGGAGAUGAGCAAGAAGAAGGUUCUUGAAAGGUUAAAUUCUGAUGCACAGAAACUUGUGAACCUUCAGAUUAUGGUUCAAGACUUGAAGAAAAAAAUGGAGAUCACUGAAAAGAGAGGAAAGAUAACAAAUAUUGUAGAAUGGGAUAUAUUGAAAGAGCAACUUGAAGAAUCAGUUGGAAGCAUCAAGCAAUUAUUCGAGCAAAACGAUAAACUAAUGAUGAAUAUGAAAGAAGAAUCAAUAGAUUUUGAAGAGAAUGGGGAGCACACAAAGAGGACUAAAGUGGCUGAUCAUGCAAGAAGAUUGUCAGAGAAAAUUGGGCGGGUUCAGAUGGAAGUAGAGAAGAUACAGUUUGUAUUGCUCAAACAGGAUGAUCAAAAGGAAAGUAUAAGGGGGAAAGCCAGAAUAGCACAAUUUAAAAGAAGAAUUCUUCUGAGUGAUUAUCUCUAUGGAAAUGGUAACUCAAACAGAAUGAAAAAGAAAGCGAAUUUUGUUUCAUGUGGAUUCCAGCCGCAGACAAUGAGUGACUGA